UCAUCAUUCACAUCUUUUGUCAGGUCCUUCACUGGUCUUCUACAGUUCAAUGGCAUACCGUCAGAUGUUGACAAGUACAUUUGUUCGGCCCAACUAGCUGGCGUGUGGGCUUAUUUCCAUCAUCGCGACGCCGCCAUGACCAAUGUGGGCGAGGUUGAUGUUACAAGACCACAGGCAAGACCAGGAUGGAAACACGAGCUCUUUACCCUGUGGGGUCCAUCAUUGGGCGUUGGUAUUGCUUCUGGGGCGCUAGGAUUUGCAUAUGGCAGUGUCACUGGAGUCUUGAUCCAAUCUAGCAAUCCCCGGCUGUAUACGGCUUUGAGCAGUGUUCAAUUUGGCGUUGCUGGGUCCGUGUUUUUCUUCGGUCGGACUAUCCUGCUCGACAGGACAAAUGUUCUGUCACGUGACAUUGCAUCACACAGGGUCAUGGCAAGCGGGCUUGCCGGGUCUUUUGCUGGAAUUGCCUUUGGUGCCUUUGUGCCCCAGGUCAAAGGCAUUCAGGGUGCUAUCAUCGUUGGCUCACUCUCAGUUCUUGGGCAGGUAGGACUGAACGCCUACGACAAUAUGAGGAGAAAGAGACAGUCCACGACGCCCGAACAGCAACGGCAGCAGCAGGGUAAGAGUUGGAAUCCCUUCAAGUCUCUUACCGACGAGGAAUACCACGACAUCCUGCAAUCUAAGCUAUUGAGAGUCAAAGCCGAGAUCUCCAUAGUGGAUGACCAGAUUGCCGACUUGAACCGUGCCAAAGCCCAGCAAGAUACCAAAGUAUAGAUGUAUGGGGAAAUGCGGUUUAACAGAUUGAACCAUAUUUUUAAUGUGUAUAUAAUAAAUUCAAUUUGCUAUCUCAGCAGUGAAGAUGCACCGGUUGGUAGUUUUGGCAAUCUGAUUGAUCGAUUUGUG